GGAACACCGUUGUGUCAUUCAACAUAAAUCCUUGUGGCCAAAACGUCGGGUAUGCCUGCACUGUGCGCACUCGGCAGCUGCAUCAAGUUCGGCAAGGUCCACGGGCUCUGCCUCUUGCACUACCGUAUGCAGUGUAUCGUGCAAAAGGCUACGGCGCUGCGGCAUGCCAGUGCGAGCUGCCACGCCGGGUACUCGUCGGACGAGACCAAUUCGACGAGCAGCCGUGCCGAGCCACGGUCGCUGCUGCCGUCGACCAAGCCCAACAGCAAGAACCGCAAGUGCAAAGUCGACGGGUGCUCCUCCUGCGCGCGGCGGUACGGCCUCUGCUCACGCCACGGCGGCUCCAAGCUCUGCGGCGUCGACGGCUGCUCGACGCCGGCGCAAACAGGAGGCCGAUGCCGCGCGCACGGCGGCGGCACGCUCUGCAAAGCCAAUGGCUGCGCCUCGUUUGCCCGCUUUCAAGGACUCUGUAGCGUGCACUCGAACGGUGUACGACCACACAGCAACGACCGUUCGUUCCCGCCGUGCUAACUAGUGCAUUCGACUGUUAAGCUAUAUGAAACACGUCUCUUGUCGUACGCGC